GACAAAGUAGUUUCACUUUCUCCAAAUCAUCGGAUUCUUCCUGAAACAUCUGGACGCGAGCUUCAUUAUGGUGAACUGCUGUGGUCUUGUGUCUGAGAAAAAUGUGCCAGUUCCUCUGAAGAGCAUCUCAGUCCAGCUGCAGGUUCAGGAUCAUGUGGCCUCAGUCAGCUCCAGUCUGCAGUAUAUCAAUGAGGAGGAUCGUCCGCUGGAGGCCGUGUUCGUCUUCCCGCUGCCCGCCGAUGCCGCCGUCUGCCACUUCAGCGCCAGGAUCGGAGAGCAGGAGAUUGUUGCAGAGGUGCAGGACAAACAGAGCGCACGGGAUCAGUAUGAUGAUGCUGUGAGUUCCGGUCAGCAGGCGUUUCUGCUGGAAGAGAGCGAUCAGAGUUCGGACUAUUCCUCCUCUGUCGGGUCUACAAGUUGUGUUCGUGUGUCAUUCUUCCGUCCUGCUUCAGCAGCCGGUGUUCCAGAAGUUUCCUCAGCAUCAGUUGUUCCUUACACUCUGUCUCUGAGUGUUGAAGUGAGAUCUUCAGACCGCAUCUCCAGACUGGAGUCCAGCUGCCCUCUGGAUCCUCUGGAGUUCCUCGACGCGCAGCACACUCAUGCCACGGUGAAUCUGAGCGCUGGUCACCGGUUUGAUAAGGAUGUGGAGCUGCUUCUGUACUAUGAGAACACCCAUCAGCCCACUGCUGUGGUGGAGGCUGGAGCGGCUGCAGCUCAGUCAGGGUCUCUGAUGGGCGACCCGGCGCUCAUGAUCAGUUUGUACCCAGAGUUUCCUGCGGAUGUGAUGUCAUCACUGGCGUCUCAGGGCGAGUUCAUUUUUGUGGUCGACAGAUCCGGCAGUAUGGGCUGCGAGAUGCAUCAUGGGAAAGACGCACAGAAGCGCAUCGAAAGUGCAAGAGACACGCUGCUGCUGCUGCUGAAGAGUUUGCCCAUGGGAUGCUACUUCAACAUCUACGGAUUCGGCUCUCGUUUUGAGUCCUUCUUCCCUCAGAGUGUCGUGUACAGUGAGGACGCGAUGGAAGAGGCUCUAAGGAGAGUAAAGAGCAUGAACGCAGAUAUGGGCGGCACAGAGAUCCUACGGCCGCUCAAACACAUCUACAGUCAGCCCUGUUACACGGAUCACCCCCGACAGCUGUUCGUCUUCACUGAUGGAGAGGUGUGGAACACUAAGGAGGUGCUGGAUCUGGUGAAGAGUCAGGUUUUCUCUCACAGGUGUUUCUCCUUUGGGAUCGGUGAGGGUGCGAGUACGGCUCUCGUCACAGGAAUGGCCAGAGAAGGUUCAGGUCACGCUCAGUUCAUCACAGGCACUGACCGCAUGCAGCCCAAAGUGAUGCAGUCACUCAGGUUUGCUCUUCAGCCGGCCGUGGAUAAUAUCUCUGUGGACUGGACCGUUCCUGAGGGCGUGACGGUGGAAAUGCUGUCCCCACCCAUCAGUGCUCUGUUCCAGGGUCAGAGGGCACUCAUCUACGCUCAGAUUAAAGGACAGAGUUCAGGAGAGACAGAAGGAGCAGUAACAGUGAAAUACAGGCUGAAAGAUCAACCAGCGACUAACCAGCUCCAGUUUACUCUGUUUAUAACAUAUGAAACUAACAGAGCAGAGGUGAUGCUGACGAUCCACUGGCUGGCGGCCCGGUCUGUGAUCCGCUCUCUGGAGCUGCAGGAUCGAGCCGGAGGAGCUGCAGGUGUGGAGAACAUCAGGAGCAGGAUCGUGGAGCUCAGCGUUCAGGCCGGAGUGAGCAGCGUUCACACGGCCUUCAUCGGCGUUAAUAAAGACAGCAGACAGACAGUGAAAGGGCCGCUGCUGCAGAGGAGAGUGCUAACAGAGCGUUUGAAGCAACGGCCUGUAGCGUAUGGUGCCCCUGCGAAAAUGAGCCGAAGGGCGGCUCCCUUGGGAUGUAGCUCUUUAGGAAGUAGGAGAUGUGCAGCGACAAAAGCAAUGCAGGUUGACACUGAACCGUGUAUUAGAAAACGCAGCAUGAUGGUUGCAUCUGCUUCUGCGUCACAUCGGGCCGAACCCGAGCUCCAGAAGGACCCUUUGCUCCAGCUGGUCUCUCUUCAGAAGGCAGUGGGAUGCUGGGAGCUGAACGCUGCGCUGGCUGGUGUGUUUGGGAAGACGGAGGACGAGGUGACCAAUCACAGACCAGCACAGGUGGAUGGGUCAGUGUGGGCCACCGUCCUCGCUCUCAUCUGGUUAUACUCGUAUAAACUCGAUCAGCAGGUGGAGUGGCAGUUUGUGGCCAUGAAGGCGGCGUCAUGGAUCUGCUCUCAGAAACCGGGCGGUCUGUCUCAGUGUGUGUGUGACGGGAACCUCCUGCUGGGAUCUCAGCUGACUGAAGACACGCUGGGAAUCUGAAGACUGAAGAAUCUUGAGAAGACCAAAGAUCUCUCUCUUAAUCAUAAACAUCUGCGUGUGUUUUCUAGGGUAACAUCUAAACAUAUCUUAACAGAAUAAAAGAUUUAUUUUUGUAUCAGUAUUUUUUAGUAUGUGUAAGCGUUAGGACUUUUCCUAAAUUCAUUGCUUUAAAUCUAAUGAUCUAAUCUUAUGGUACCUUGUGUUUUGAAGUCACUGAAUCAGGAUUUCUGUCUGAUCCUGACUCUGUGUGUGUUGAAGUGAGCAGAUUGUGUCGGUGUCUUUACCAAACUGUGUUAUUAAAGGUGCAUUAAGUCAAGUCACCUUUAUUAAUAUAGUGACGUAACACGUACUGUAUGUUGAUCUUCUGUUCAUCUUCAUUCUGUCAUUAAUGAUCACUGUCUGUAAACAGAAGUCAGUCUAUAGAUGUUCUAACAGUGAAUAAAGAUUAUUACGCUGCAUCAGGUUCAAACUGA